AUGUUACGGUGUUUGGUUCGGAUUGUGAGCUUUCUUCUACUGUUCACGGUCAUUAAAUCCGAAACAACAAGUGCACCACCAACCACAAUCACACAAAGUCCUAUUAAAAGAAUAGACGGUAACAAAAACAAGCGUGGAUUGUAUUUCGAGGAUGCAAUAAUCGGACCACCACCACCGCCACCCUUCAGAACAAUUUCGUUUCCAACAAGACCACCAACAAGAAUAUUUACACCAAGCAAUAGAUGGACGAAUGUUUUUGGAUUCGAUGACAUAACUUAUCAUCAUCUUUUUAAUGAAAUAAAUGGAUAUAACAACUACGGAAUUCCAACCCACAUGACUCCACCACCACCACAACGUCCGAUAACUCCACGACCUUAUCAUCCAAAUGAUUACAAUUUCGUCGGUUAUCGCACGCCUUAUGAUUUCGAUUCAACUUACGUGUCUCAUGAUGGUCGAGUUGUUAAACAGUAUUCAGUUCAUGAGAUACAUGAUAAUGAUCUUCCGGAUCCAAACAUAUUUAAACCGACUACAAAUCUUUUAAGACCUUUACCAAUUCCACCAAUGUCUGCUGAAUCAGCUCAAAUUUUGCAGUUCAAUGCUCCAAAAAAUACAAAUUUUGCACAACCUCGAGCUCAUCUUGCAAAUCUUAGGACAUCAAAUCCUAAUCAGAUUCCAACAUUCUUAACAAGGAAUCAUGGACCUGUGGCUUUGGGGUCAGGGAGUUUAGGUGUUAUUCGUCUUCCGAAUGGUGCAGUCUUCCUUGGUUCCGGUUCACUCGGAUAUAUCAGCCAUAAAGAUCAUUUUGAUAACGUCAUAAAUUUAGCAAGUCAAAGGCAAAAACCACUUCCGAGGGGCCCAACCACAUUCGGACAAUCAUAG